UGGACCCGGACCCCUAAUCCCAGGAGGGCCCGCCUCGCCAGUUUUCCCCUUUCCCCCCCUCACCGGCUCACCACCCCCGCAAGAGCAAGUCCGACCACCGCCGUCAGACGAGGAAGGUGUGCCCGGCGUCCAUGGGCUGGAAAGAGCGCCGCAGCGAUGGCGCGCGAGGCAACCACAGCGGGGGCGCGCGAGGCAACCGCAGCGGCGGCGCGCGAAGCAAUCGCGGUGCCGUUAUUUUGGGAGAUAAAACACAUUUUGGUGAUGCUUUGGAAUGGGAGAACAUGACAAGAGGAGGAGUAAAUCAUAACACAAGAGCUGCUAUUCUGGAACAUGAUAAAACACAUUUUGGUGAUGCUUCAGAAAGGGAGAACAUGACAAACAGUGGAGUAAAUCAUAACACAAGGCCUAAAGAUUUGCUAGUGGGCAGGAGGGCUGUUCCUCAUGAUCACAAUGAACAAAUCACAAGCGAAUCAGAUAUCGGCAGACGGUUCAAGGGCCUGGAAGAGAAGGGCAGUUCGAAACAUGCUGGCCAUUGCGCUGUGAAAGCUAUAGAAAUUCCUGGACAAACUUGUGAUAGAAGAGCCGUCAUUUUGGAAGAUAAAACACAUUUUGGUGAUGCUUCGGAAUGGGAGAACAUGACAAGAGGAGGAGUAAAUCAUAACACAAGAGCUGCUAUUCGGGAACAUGAUAAAACACAUUUUGGUGAUGCUUCAGAAAGGGAAAACAUGACAAACAGAGUAAAUCAUAACACAAGGCCUAAUGAUUUGCUAGCGGGCAGCAGGGCUGGUUCUCAUGAUCACUAUGACAUUUGUAGUAAACAAAUCGCAAAAGAAUCAGAUAUUGGCAAACGGUUCAAGAGCUUGGAAGAGAAGGGAAAUUCGAAAUCUGCUGGGCAUUUCUAUGUGAUGGAUAUAGACAUUGAAGGACAAACUUGUGAUAGAAGGUGCCGUUGCGUUGAUGCAGCUCUUGAUCGACGCUAUUUUGAUCAACCAUUUGCCUGCAUUCAUUGCCAUGGGAGUGUUAUUCAAUCACUUGUGGACUAUAUUGAGUGGAAUCCCAUCACCGAGGCAUUUGUGCCACCUGGGGAUGCAUACGGGGAUGUUUUUGUGGAUGCUGGGAUCAACAUACGUGUCAUCCUGUGAAGUUCCACAACAUCAUUGCAUAGAGUCCAUCAGGCAAAUAAAAGUUUUGCUGGAAAUUUUGAGCUCUUUGAUCUUUACCUUGACAAUAGGAAGUGUGUCAGAUUUGACAGCAGGAAGGCUAUUUGUCUGACAGACUGUACACGGGAGAACAUAGAGGCAGAUUAUGCUAAGCAUGGCCUGAUAUUGUCAAGGGAUUUAUUCUGCGGACAGGUUAUUCCAGCUGAUAUUAGGAAAUGGAUAGGUUUGAUGGAAGAUGAUGCAAGCAGAGGAGAGUAUUUAAUUGUCCAUAACAUCUGCCUCAUGGAAUCGAGGCAAAGUGUGAACCACUUUGGAUCCCUGUAUGCACAUCUUGAGGUUCUGAGAAAAGAAAGGUCAAGGAUAUACUGGCUCAUUAUUAAUGAACUUACAGCUCGGCAUCCGGAUUGGGAGAAGGAGGAUGUGUUGCAGAACUUCUAUGUAGAGGAUACUUAUGAUUAUAAAGAUCCCCAAACCGGUGAAAGAACACAUUAUGAACAUGAUUCAAGAGGUCUUCUCAGAUUAGCCUGGAACUUAAGCAAACACAUUCUUCCAAAGUCAGUGGUAUUUAUACCAGCUCCAGUCCGAAAAGGAGAGAAGUUCAAAAGGCUAGUGGCUGUCAGGAAGUUCACUGACAGAAAGAUUGAGUCGAUCAUAAAGUCAUCAUUCAUUGGGUUGAUGAUGGACCUUCAAGAACUAAUGCACAAGUAUGGUCAGCUGGAGCGGUUCUACGUGGAAGAGUGGAUGGGCACGGCUUAGAAGAAUGACCCUGCACCAAUAUCUUGUUCUUUCAGUGACCUUGCCUUCUGUACCUAUGGUAGACGCUGAUGGAUGUUGUGUAGCUGCUACAGGUAUUCUCUGUGGAGUAAAGCUACCUGACUAGACUGGAUUGUUAUGGUGCAAUCUCCAUUCCUUCCUUACAGAGCAGUUGGAUAGCUUGCAUAGUUUGACUAUUCUUUUGUUCAAGUAAUCAAGCUCUGUAGUGUAGCCUAUGAAUAGAGUUGUAUACUUGUAUGUAUGCGUGGAAGAACGGUUAUGACUAUGGAAGAGACUCUUUGGAACGUCAUGCUCAAAUGUCGUGCUUCUGGGAUGUUUGUUUUGUCUAGCCUAUGAAAAGUGUUGUAUGUAAGCUUUGGAAGACAUGUUACGACUGAGUAUGGAAAAGAUGUUUUGUUUCCUCCAAAAAAAAGAGGAUUUGGAAUGUCAUACUCAAAGAUUAUGCUUCUGGGA